AUGUUGUGUAUAAAGAAAUUGUACCACGAGGAGUUGUUUCAACUAGCACUGCUACUUUCUUUGUUACGACUGGAUCCAGAAUCUUACCUAGGUUUGGACAUUCAAACCAUAGGUGUAGGUUCAUUAGAUCUAAACAAUGGUUCUAGAUGGCAUACUGAUGUCCACACGAUAGUUCAUCGACCUAUGUUUGUUCAUCCGAAAAACUUAGAUUCUAUGCUUUUAAAUUAUGAAAGAGAUCUGUUUGAAGAUUUAAAUUCAUUAGGAAGAUAUAAUAGAAUGAAUUCUGGUUUAAAUAAUAUCCAUGCGUAUUUGUUAAACGUCGAAGAUUCUGGAAGAGAUUUUGAUAUAGCAGGACCCAGCAUAUCACUUUCUACAGACCCAACUAGGAAUAUGACAUCACCUGACCCAUCAAAUUCUUCACAAAGUACCGAUGAACCAACUAAUGCAGCAGAACUUACUCAAGAGGUAUUUUUUUGCUUCAGCUUCUUAAUGUAAAUUUUUGGUUUAGCUUUAUCUUUUACUUUUGUCUUUAUUAUUAUAUUCAAUUCACUUGAUAUCAGUACGAGUAUCAAAUUUUUUGGAUAAUUUUUACAAAUUUUACAAAUCAACCUGUAAAAUUUUUAUUUUUCGUUCAGACCAUUGUUAUAACUACAACAAAUUUUUGUUAACUGUUUGAGAACUUGUAUCAGUAAUGUAGAUUAUGAUUAAACAACUGACAAAUUGAAUUUUUAAAAUACUUAAACUUUGCUUUAUGCAAUGGAACUAUUUAAUUAAUUUGUUGCUUAAAUAAAAAUUAUUUUUUUGUUGAUUAUUUUGUACUAUUAUAAUAAAAAACAAAAGCUAGCUGAACACUGUGCCAACAAUCAUACCGUAUUCAUUUAUUUUUAUCUUCUCAAAUUUGGAAAUGUGUAAUUAUUGAAAUUUAUUUAAAUUAAACGAAAUACUCGUAUUAUCUAACGUAUACAUAACAAAAGAAGUUUGUAUUUGGAAUUUCAUAUGUAUAAAGAAUAUUUCUUAUAUGUUAAUCUAUUAUCAUGUCGAAGUACUUAGUCAUUCAUAAAGAUAUUAUUAAACUUUCUCAAAAUCUUUCAGGCAGAUAACUUUUCCGAAACUUUUUAUUAAAAGUAAAAUAUUUUCUCAAAAGAGCAUAGUGGAAAUAUAAAUUAAAAAGAAUAUUUGAGUAUUUCUUCUGUAAAAGGAAAUAUUUGGGAAACAUAAAUACUGGAUAUUCUCGUUUCAAUUCAAAUGAUUAACAAAUUAAAUAUUCUACACAUUUUUCUAUCAGGUUGCUUCACGUCAGCAGCAUUUACACUAUUUUUCUUGGCAAUGUCCUUGAAUAUCCAGGUCACCCAUAUCAGUCAACUAGGUCAACUAAUUGCGUUUCUAUUUUUUUUUUUUUUUUUUUGUUUUAAGAUUGAGAUAUCUACUACUUAGUUCUAAAAUCUUUUGUAACGUUUAUGGUUUAAAAAAAUCAGAUCCAAGAGAUAUAAGACUAAAAUAUUAA